AUGGACAGCUCAGCAAUCACUUAUGCGACGUCGAAAGACUGGCUCGAUAUCAUGAAAAAUCGGUCCAAAGUGCGCAUGCAUGAGCUUAUUGAGCGCCUUGGAUUACGCGCAAAGUGGUCUUCCAAUAAGCGUGGCAAAACCAAUUUUGAAUCGGCCUUGGUGCGCGAACUCGUGGCGGAUAUGGGAGACGUUGUGUCUACGUUACCAAAGGAGCCGGAUGAGUUGAUGAAGUUCCUCAGCGACGAGGGGAGUUUAAAAGAGGAGGUCGACGGUUUACUCGAAAAGCAUGGGAUGAAGGUUUGGGGGAGAGCGGGAGAGCGCGAUCAUCUGCUCACUGCCAACGAACCUGGCGUGGAAGAAGGGCUUUAUUCCAAAGAUCUUUAUUUUGAGAAUGAAGAGGAUAGGCAAUUAAUUCACAAGCUCCUCCACUGGUGGAUCGGACUGAAAGCGUGCAAUGUCAUCCUUGCACGAGAGCGGCUCGAUCGGGAAAGGAGGAAAAAGGCAGAGAAUCGACAAGCGCGAGCUGAGGCUGAGUUCUCUGGUCAGCAAGACGGCGGAACACCAGCAUCUUUUGUUGCGCUGGCACCCAACUCAGUCCUGCACGAUGGUGAUACAGUAUCACGUGGCAGUCCGAUUUCCUCUAGCGCAAUGCUCACACCCCCAGAAUCAGGCGAAAGUCCAAUUAUGGGACCCCGCGAAGCAGCCGCGAACGCAUAUCAGGCACAAACCUUGCAACAGCGACAAAAUAUUGUUGAAGGCGUCUGGAACCGACUAGCUGUAGACGGUAACAGAUCGAGAGAUCUUAGUACUACGUCUGCAGGCCCUCCUCACGGUCAUGGUACGCACCCCGCAGAAAGCAAAGGGGCCGUAGACCAGCAGGUCGCAAACGCAAACCAAGCAGCGGUCGACCGGCAAAUUAGCGUCGAAGUUGCGAAGCUGGUAGCAACCUUCCGCUCGGACGAUGCAGGAUCAGAGGAGAUACCCCAGCCAAACAAUAGCAUACCCUACCGCGGGUUAGAUUACGACGGGUUGCGGGCGCUACGACAAUACGUCUAUGGAGAAGAGCACGGAGUUGGGGUAGACGAGGAAGCAUUACUCAAUUCACUGGAAAAGACAUGGCGAGAGCGGGUUCGCGCUGAUUACCAGAAAAUGGUUGAGAACAUUCCCGUGUUCAUUGCGAGAGAAAGGGCGUUUUUGACAUGGGUGGAACUCAAGCGCCAUUUGGCAGCUCUGCAACGUGCAAAUGAACGGUGGUCAGCAGAAGGUCAUACCACGGCGGAAAUCGAACGACGCAUCCAACAACACCGCACACUGAUGGGCUGUACACAAACGAUUAUUGCAAACUUUGAGGAUGUUGGCCAAGGCUUUGGACUCGGUCCUAAUGUUGCAGUGGAUCGUGACGAGCUGCUGCGACAGGCCCUGGUCGUGCUAGCAGGAGAGAAGUAUGCGGUAGAGAUGCAGUGGAAGCCUAUAGAGUUUACAGCGACAAUGGCUUGGCUGCACGAACACCUGGAGAACUUCCGACGGGAAGAAGAGGAAGACGGCAAGGGUAUGCUGUGGCACGCCGGAUAAUAGGCGUCGGAAGUUGUCACAUUUGCGUCUCUUUCUGUCACACAUAUAAUAUAGUACAGUGGGCUUGGAGUAUAGUGGUAAACUCUGUACGCGGUGUGGAUCUUACAGGCGUUCAGCAGCAGGCAAGGGAUCGAUCGAUCGGCCAGACUUAAGGUGCACUAGGCGACCCAAUUCGGGAAAAUUGUCUAUUGGGGUAGGUCAGCCGCAGGGGUUGGUUUCAGCUACUUCAUCUUGUUACAGGAUCGUGUAGGAUUAGACUAGGCCAGUUGUGCCACUUGCACGCACACAUGCAUACACAGACACAGACAUGCUAGUAAACAGACAGGCAGCCCAUAACUGCGUGUGUAUUACGUACGUUUUGCCC